UGUGUGUGUAUAAAAUCACUGGCAGUCUGACAGCGUUUCAGUAACCUGUGCCACGCGCAGAGCGGGAUGUACUCACCAACCAUCUGCUUGCAUGGCACGGGUUAACUGAGCCUGUGGGAUUGUGCUUACCUAAACAAAACCACUGCAGUGAGGGGAAAAACAAUGAAUGGGUGGAGAUGAUCAGCCCAUGCAUUCCAGCGAGUGCAGUCCAGGCAGCAAUGACAGCCUGAAGGUUGCAGCAGCAUCGGGAUCAGCAUUCCAAGUGCACCAAUCUUACAGUCUGGAGUGAUUUUACGUGGAGCUGUUCUUUAUUUGCUGAGCCAUGGCCAGUAACCAGGCCAGCCUGCAGGAUGAUCAGAGCAGGCACUGCAAGUUCUUAUCCUACAUGUUCUACCAGGCUGUGAGAGAUCACAAGCCUGUGUGGAUGCUGGAAGACAUGAGAACUAUGGAGUAUUUUUACUGGGAGGAAAAUGCCAGCCUACGAACCUACUCACCUUCAGAAGCCCUUCUCUAUGCAGUGGUGCAUAAUCACUUGCCUUAUGCUCAGUAUCUGCUGUCUCAUUUUCCAGAGGAGGCUCUCAAGGUGCCUGGGGAACACUUCUGCUAUUGCCCAUCCUCUGCUCCUCACCUGGCCAUGGCGGUCACAUAUGACAGGAGAGAUAUCUUGGGACUGAUCAUCAAAAUUGCACACAAGCUCCCCAGCUUGAACUCCUAUAUCAAUAGGGCUGGCUGCUUUCAUCUGGAAGAUGGGAAAACACCCCUGCACCUUGCCUGCGAACUCCUGAGGUCAGAGACGGUCCUCAUCCUCCUUGGGAACGGAGCAUCUCCCAGGAUAGAAGACAGUAAAGGGCUGACCCCGUUGGACGUCAUCCUGGAGCAGAUGUGGGACUCCAAAGUCAAUGUCGCAUCAAAGAAGCUCUGCCUCGACUACCUCUUGCUCUUCAUGCCCAACCCACAGUUUAAGAUGCGGAAAGUUCUGCAGGAGCAUCCAGACCACUGGACAGCUUUGCUGGGAGAAGACAAGUUCAACAGCCUGGUGGGGAACACACCUGCUUCUUUAUAUCUGCAAGCUAUGCAAACUAUUCUUCAGACUCUUCCCCCUUCCCACUUCCCUAAAAGCAUCCAGGAACUACCUAUACCUCAGGCACUAAAGCCCUUACCAUCCUGUGGCAAAAAGCUACCAGCGAAAAAUGUGCAUCAUUAGCAGGAAGGACAGGCCAGAUUCUGACCUCAGUUACACCUGCCUACACCUGAAGUAACGCUUUCUAAGUCAGUUCCAUCACUACUGAUGUUUGUUGGUCUAAAGGAAAACAAACUGUUCGUGCAUUUGUGUUCUUCAAGGCUCCAUAACUCUGACUUUAGCAUACAAAUAAAUGUGGCACUUAAUCCCUGAAAAUAUUUUUUACAUUUUUUGUACUCUGAAUGUAUAUAGAUAUAUAUUUUCCAUCUCUAACAUCAAUGGCAUUUCCCUGUUCUUAGUUAUCUUGGCGUUUCUGGAAUCAGCAUGGCAGUGACAGAUACUGUUGGUCACUUAUUAAAACUGAAUGUUGCCAUUCCCAAGUACAAAUGAAUGUUCAUUGUAUGAUACAACUUUCUUAUAAAGCCAUACUUCUGUAAUUUUGGUUUCUCUUUUUUUAGGGCGGGAGGAAAUCUUCCCUAUAAUUGUGUUUGCACAUUACUUGCUGUAUGAUUAAAGAUAAAACAAUUGUAACAUGCUAGAAUAUAUUAUAUAUACGUAGCCUGAUAUAAUUACGUACACGAGCUGUGAAAAUAAUUUAAUCUUGAUUGU